GUUUGGAAUAAUUAAACCUGUAAUUAGCUGUAUUAACAGAGAGUAGUAUUUUAUUUUGGGCGAGAGAUUGUCAGUAUCCUCAACAAAACCAAAAACUUGUUCAGCUUCGGAAGAUUGAGUUUCAGAGAGUAGUCCCACAGUUCCACUACUCAAAUCAACAAACGGAAAACUCUCUUUCCCAAACCAAAUUCGCCGUUUAAGAAUCGAACCCAAUCAUCGAAUCGAUGGAUUCGCCUAGUGAGAAGGAGUGGCUAGCAUGCUGUGGGAGCGCCAAAUUUGCUCAAGAAAUGGCCUCUGCCGCUCCCUUCUUCAAUCACCAACAAGCCGUCGAUGCUGCCAGGGAUAUCUGGUUCAAUAAAGUAGAUGUGAACGGAUGGCUAGAAGCGUUUGCUGCGCAUCCUGCAAUCGGCGAAAGCCCUUCCAAAACCGUCAAAAGUCCAACCAGUGCUCAGUGGAGCAAGGGAGAGCAAUCGACUGCUUUAGCAACUGCUACUGACGCUACAUUACAGGAGCUAUAUGAAUGGAAUGCUCGCUACAGACAAAAGUUUGGUUUUGUCUUUCUCAUAUGUGCAUCUGGAAGAAGUACCCCUGAGAUCCUUGCUGAGAUUAAGAAACGGUACCAUAACAGGCCAAUCAUUGAGUUUGAGCUUGCAGCCAAGGAACAAAUGAAGAUCACUGAACUACGUAUCACUAAGCUAUUCCCAGCUUAUGCAACUGCUGCUUCCAUCACCAAGACCCCUCAUAAUGCAGAUGUGCUGACAAAAGCAGGAGAAGAUCGCAUGAGUGUGAUCGGAGGACAUUUGGCUACUGCUGCGGCCGAGCCCUCAGGAGGAUUCACAAGGACACGGCCACCAAUCACGACCCACAUCCUUGAUGUAGCUCGUGGGGCUCCAGCUUCUGGCGUUGAUGUGCGCCUGGAGAUGUGGGCAGACAAGCAAUCACGGCCAUUGUUUGGUGAGGUUGAUUCGGAUUGCUGGAAACUUGUGGGUCGGUCAAGUACAGACAGAGACGGGCGGAGCGGUCAGUUGAUGAGUGUGGUGGAUGUUCUGAAUCCCGGGAUAUAUCGGAUUAGUUUCGACACGGGGAAGUACAACCCUGAGGGGUUUUUCCCGUAUGUGGAAGUAGUGUUUGAAGUGAAGGAAUCGCAGAAAUGGGAUCACUUUCAUGUUCCUUUGCUGCUUUCUCCAUUCUCUUUUUCCACGUACCGUGGGAGCUAGACUCUUAAACAUUCGAUAAUGGGAUGCGAAAUUGUAAAUUUUCAUGUUCAAAUGUGAUGUUUUCUUAUGGAGAUGCUGUUGAGGUGUAUUUUCAACCAAGUUAUUGUGUGUCUAUAUCUUGAUGCAGCCUUUAGAUGGCUAAACAUAAAAAAUUGUGUAAUUUAAUACUUGCACUCUAAAGUUAUUGUGUAUCUAUAUCUUUGAUUCAACCAAA